CCCCACAGGUGAAGGUGCCACCUGUCCUUCAGCCCCUGUGUUUAGAGGUACAGAAGAGCUCACUGAAGGGUGGGGACCCUUCCUGACCCCUCCCUGACCCCCAGAGGUGGUUGGGAGAAGCCUGCUCUAGAGUAAAGGAUACCCCCGUCUAGCUAGAGAUGGAAGGCAGGUGGAAGUACCUUUCGUUCAUCAUAGAGAGAGGAAAUUAGUCAGGAAUUUCAGGUGAGGGGGCAUUUCCUUCUCUGCACCUCUUCCUUGUCCCUCCAAAAUGAAAUUCUGAAACUUUUUUUUUUCUUUUGAGCACAUUUUAUUUAAGACAUAAUGAAAUGAGGCCAGAGAGGCCAGGCAGAGUUUAUCCAAGAUUUCUUUGUAUGCUUGCCUUUUUUGGUUUUUUUUGGUUUUUUUGCUACUUUUCUUUUUCUAAACCUUUCUUGCUGAUUGUAGCCUAUUUGAUUGGUAAAGUUUUGCCUUCUCUCUUUUAGAACUGCAUAAUCUAUCCUUUGUGUGCUGUGUAUCUAUAUAACCCUGUUUCUCUUUUUAAUUAUGUUUUUAGCUUUCAGAGUGAUUAACAGUGGCAAAGUAAGUAGGAAGGUCGCAGAUAUCAAGAAAGUCAACAACUUCAUCAGAGAACAAGACUUAUAUGCUUUGAAAUCUAUUAAGAUUCCAGUGAAAAACCAUGGGAUCCUAACAGAGACCCACAAAGAACUCAGACCCCUCUUGAGCUCAUCCACAGAGACGAGAGUGAGCUUCGAGGAGCAGCCAGACCCAGACAGAGGAGCUGGCAGCGCCGGCACCUCGUCUAGCCCACUGACGAGUUUCUUUAAGGACAUUGACCAGAACAUUGAGCGUGCGGUGCAGUCAGAAAUCUUUUUGAGUGAAAGUUACUGCAUCGAGACCUCCAGUCAGCCACCGCUUCCGGCUCCUCUGAAGACACCGACAAAUGGUGCAGACUGUGGGAUUCAGUGGUGGAAUGCUGUUUUUAUCAUGCUUCUCAUUGGAAUUGUUUUACCAGUGUUUUAUUUGGUCUAUUUUAAAAUACACGCUACUAGUGAGACCCCUAGUAUCUUGAAUACCACUGCUGUCCCUAAUGGCUCGAGGGCAGUGAGUGCAGUUCCAGGACAAGCCCCCAAAGUAGCGAUUCCAGUGCCAACCAUCCCCUUUUCAGACAGCCAGUUCAGUCAGGCCACCCACGGGGGGAACUAGCUCUCGCUGCUUCUAAGGAAUCAGGGCAGCUUUAGCACUUGGGAUCCUCGUGUGCGUCGGCCGACGUUGGCCGUAUCCUAGCGUUUUUUUCUUUCUGUGACAUAUGGACACAUUUCAGAAGCCACCGUCAUGUUGUCGGUCACACUCAUCAUGGGGAAUAGACUCGCCGGAUCCAAGGCUGAGGGAGCCGAAGCACCAGCAUCUUCAGCCUCCUGCAUCCAGAGAAGAGAGACAUUUACACGUGACAGGUGCUGUUCCUUGAAGGCGAUAGUGGACUGGCCGUGUCUUCACAGCAGCACUGUGUAGGCCCCCAAGUUGGACAUGCUUGGCGGGAGACGAGUGGCCUUGGCCGAUGGACUUGCAGUACGGGAGCCCCUGGUACUGGCUUUGGUUGUCCGGAUGUUUGCUUUGUCCCCUGCCUGCUGUGGAGGGUUGACUGGCUCUGACAAAUGAUGUUUUGUGUCUCCCCAGCAAAGGUGUUGUGCAGUAGCCGUGGGAAGUCACCCUCUUUCAGAGUGUGACACAUUAUGGUAGUAAUAAGCCCUGCUUCACAUUUGCCCCCUCAGAUAGCCUUUUUGAGGCAAUGUCAUAUCUAGAAUUUGAAAAGCCCUAAGUCUAAAUUGCUAUAAUAUUGGGUAAAUAGCAGUUCUGUUGCAUGUAAUUUUAGAGCUCCUUAAUCUGACACACACACACGUUUUAAGCUCUGCAUGGUGCAGCCAGCACUUCCUGGCCAGAACGUGGAGGCCAUGGUCCAGUUUCACCUGAGGAGCAUUUCCACAGUGAUUGCUAACUGGAUUCCCCAAGUCAGUGUUCUUGGAAGGAGCUCUUUCUCGUCAGUGUCUGAAGCAGAGUAGGUGUAGGGAGCAGAAUGAGUGCCUAUCACCGAGGUCCCAUCAUGUGACACUUCUAAGGCUGAACGAUCACUAAUCCAGUGUCUCCUGGCCUCUGUAUGUGCCUGGAAGAGUGGUGCAGGGAGAAUGGGCAUGCUUCCUGCUGCUUCCUUGACUCCAUUCUUAGGACUUCUAGAGCCACAGAAGAGGAAUGGGGCUCAGUCACUUUUCUUUGGGUGAACACAAUAUAGCUCAUAAUGUUAAAAUAUUGAACACUUAAUGGAGGGCCUAGAAGUGACCCUUGCUGUGAAAGACCAUAUAAAGAGGCACCUGAGGUUUGCCCGUCUCCUUCUUUGACAAGGCAACAGUGGUGCAAAGUUCAGAGGCUUGUGGAGGGCAUGGGUUGGCCUCUGAGGCCUUCCUGGUGGAGCAAGGGUGAAUGGAGUGAGGACAGGAGCCUGUCCCAUGGAGGAGUGGAAAUUGGCCAGGGUGGCUGGCGGCUCAGCCUUGGAGAGGUCUGUCUUCAGGGAGGAAAACAUGCUGCACAAAUGCUGAGCUUUAGGCAGGUUUAAGGCAUUUGACACAUUCAGCCUGGAGAUAAUUUAAAAGCGCUCAUUAUGUAAGGGAGGGGAAUGUGGCAGACAAGUCCUCGAGAUGGGCCUCCAGUUUCUAUAUCCUCUCAUUUUGUGAAAAACUAUUUUGCCCUGGGUUCAGUUAGCCAAUUUAAAUUAUGUUCAAAACUAAAUGUUUUCUUCAAAACCAAGAUGUUCUUCAGGAUAAUUUUUAAUCAUCAUAAAUGAACUUGUGAACCUUUGCUACAGGAAGUGUUUUGAUUAUGUAAAUGCUUUCCAGCCAAAUGUUUGUGGGCACUGUGCCCCUGAGGGCCACAGGUUUCUCUAACGUUUGUCACCAUUAAACUCACCAGGCAGGGCUCAGACUCUCAUGAGAAAAUGAGUUUUGCCAGGCAAAGAAUGAAUAUCUGUAUAUUUUUUUUCAAAUGGAAUAAAAUAAUUUCU